AAGGGGAAGGGGAAGAAGAAGAGAGGGGAGAGAACAGCCUGGGAAAAGAGAAAACGGAGAUAUUGAAAGGAAAGGAGACAGAGUAGAGAACUGAGGGGAGAAAGGAGAGCUGGAGAGGAGGGGCUUGCAGCAAAGUAGAAAUGUCAAUCAGCGCCGGGAGCCCCGGUAAUCUCCGCCAAUCUGUUAGGACCUGACCUGGCUCUGAGCCGCUGCUGCCGCCGCCGCCGCCGCCGCCGCCGCGGAGCAGAUCAAUAGGGGAGCGCGGAGCGGAGCGCAGCGCAGGGCAGCGCAGUGCGGGAGUCAGUUCCCGCGCCCAGAUCCCCCAGCCCCCGAUGCCUGCGGGAGCCCGCGGGCGGCGCUGAGCAGGGCGGCCCCAGGGGCCGGGCCCCCGCUCCGUCCGCCCCCCCCUCCCCCCCGGGCCCCGGCUGCACCAUGUCCUUCCCUCAGCUCGGAUACCAGUACAUCCGCCCGCUCUACCCGCCAGAGCGUCCUGGGGCCGGAGGCGGCGGCGGCUCUGGUGGCGGUGGAGGCACUGGUGGGGCAGGCGGAGGAGCCAGUGGAGGGGCCCGGAGCGGCCCGAGCGGCGGGGCCACAGAGCUGACAGCCUCCGGGACUCUGUCCAAUGUGCUCUCCUCUAUGUACGGAGUCGGGGCGCCCUACGCAGCCGCCGCUGCAGCCGCAGCUGCAGCCCAGGGCUACGGCGCUUUUCUGCCCUACACAGCUGAACUGCCCAUCUUCCCGCAGCUGGGUGCGCAGUAUGAGUUAAAGGAGAGCCCAGGAGUGCAGCAUCCUGCCGCAGCCGCCGCCUUCCCGCACCCCCACGCAGCCUUCUACCCCUACGGCCAGUACCAAUUCGGCGAUCCGUCCCGACCUAAAAACGCGACCCGGGAGAGCACCAGUACUCUGAAGGCCUGGCUCAAUGAGCACCGAAAGAACCCCUACCCCACCAAAGGCGAGAAGAUCAUGUUGGCAAUCAUUACCAAGAUGACUCUCACCCAGGUUUCCACUUGGUUUGCCAAUGCUCGGAGACGCCUCAAGAAAGAGAACAAGAUGACCUGGGCACCCCGAAGUCGCACGGACGAGGAGGGAAACGCGUACGGCAGUGAAAGAGAGGAAGACGAAGAGGAGGACGAAGAAGAUAGCAAACGGGACCUGGAACUGGAAGAGGAAGACUUAGGUGGGGAGGAGGAAGAUGCGGGGGGCGAGGGCCUUGGCGAGGAGGAGGACGAGGAGAUAGACCUGGAGAAUUUAGACGGGGCAGUCUCGGGAUCCGAGUUGUCGUUGGUCACCGCAGCCCGGCGAGAUGCGGACCUUAGCCUGGGGACAAUUUCGGACGCUAAGAAUAGCGACUCGGAGGACGGCUCUGAGGGUUUCGAGGAGCGACCGCCCCCGAUCCUACCCUUAGCCCCAGCUCCCCCGCCUGCUGGUCCAGUGCCCCCGUCUACUCCCUCUCCUCCAACAGGCUUAGAUCCUUGUGUUCCUGCUCCACCUCCGCCUUCCACAUUGCAGAAACCCAAAAUCUGGUCUCUGGCGGAGACUGCUACUAGUCCGGACAACCCGCGCCGCUCUCCGUCUGGCGCCGGGGGCUCUCCCCCGGGAGCAGCAGCCGCACCACCACCCGCCCUGCAGUUAGCCCCGGCUGCCGCAGCAGCCGCCGCGGCCGCGGCCCACAGACUAGUCACCGGGCCUCUGGGCAAGUUUCCCCCAUGGACCAACCGGCCGUUCCCAGGCCCACCUCCCGCCCCCCGCCCUCACCCUCUCUCCCUGCUCGGCUCGGGACCUCCGCAUCUACUGGGGCUACCAGGCCCUCCAGGUCCCUCUGCUGCCGCCGCCUUCGCCCGGCCCGCGGAGCCCGAAGGCGGAACAGAUCGCUCUAGUGCCUUGGAAGUAGAGAAAAAGUUACUAAAGACAGCUUUCCAGCCCGUGCCCAGGCGGCCCCAGAACCAUCUGGACGCGGCCCUGGUUUUAUCGGCGCUCUCAUCAUCUUAGUCACCCCUCCCGUUUUUUAAAUUUUGUUGUAAUGAUUGUAAAAAAAAAAACCCAUCGCUCUGUAUAGUUAUGACUUGUAAGCAUGUCCGUGUAUGAAAACCUAAACACAAAACUAAACAAAAAAAAGAGGAAAAAAAAAAACAACCAUCCCACCCCUCUCCUUUUGCCCCUCGCCCCAACCCAGAUCUCCUCGAGAUUAGCUGAGUUUGUAAGGUUAUUGGGGGAGGGGGGACGGGGAGUCCAGUGAGAAUUAGGUGUGUCGAUUUUUUUUGUAUAUACAGUAAAAAAAUGUACAUAUAUGUGUGAACCAAAUUGUACAACAAAGUUAUCUAUUUUUGGCUAAAUAAAUGAGCUGGUGCCACUUUGACUAUA